AUGGACACGCCGGAGAUUAUAUUCACUUGCCUCGGAAUUGGGCUGCUCAUGAUCUGUGCGAUUUGCUCAUUGUUUGCUUGUGCUCAGGCAACGACAGCGAACAAGAAGGAGAAGAAGCGGCAAAGCGACCCGAAAACACAAGAAAAUGGCGUCGUCGUCAUCGGUGGCGGCCGCGGCGGAGGAGAUCACCAGCACCCACCGACAGUAAACAAAAUCGCAGCAAUGCCGAUUGAAACGAGGAAAGAUGAUAAUUAUAAUGCGGAUAAUUUGGGCGGCGAUGAUAACCGAAUAUCUGGUACAUCGAAAAGCGACCAUGCAACAGACCACUUUCUUCGCGAAAUGUCAUCGACUAGUCCGAACAGAAGGCGUCUUCUCGAGGAUGAGUUCGAGGUUCUCUCAAAGACGGAAGCGAAACGAUCGACGACACGACGAGGCGAUGGCAUCGCGUGCGCAGCCACGAGAAACGACGACGCGAACCGAUACGCAGACAUUGUGCCCUACGAACACACCCUGGUGCCUCUCACCCGACACCAUUACAUCAAUGCGAGCUUUGUUCAGGGAGAAGGUGAUGCACAACGAUUUAUUGCAACACAAGCUCCAAUCGGACCAGAAGAAAAACGCAAAAUUUCAACAGUCGAUGAGUUUUGGAUGAUGAUAAUGCAAUAUAAUGUAGAAUGUAUCGUUAUGCUCACAGAUUUAUUCGAGGAUUAUACACAAAAAUGCGCGCAAUAUUGGCCAAAAACUAUAGGAUAUCGUCAAAAAUUUGGAGAUGUUGAAGUGAAAUUAGUCGCCGAAGCCGAAAUGGGUCAUUAUAUUCAUCGCGAAUUUGAUAUAUUCACAAGUACUGGAACAAGACAGGUUUCCCACUUUCAAUUUUUGAAUUGGAAGGACAAUGAGGCACCAAACAUUCCCAAUUUUCUCGAUUUUUUGCUGAAGAUUCGUUCAAGACACUACGAUUCGCCGGUUGUAGUCCAUUGCAGCGCCGGAAUUGGUCGAACAGGAGUCUUCGUUUGCACUGAUAAUAUUAUCAAUCGUAUCAAUAACGAAGGAAUCAUCGAUGUUUUUAGUGAGGUAAAUCGGGCUCGUCAACAGCGUCCUCGAAUGGUACACACGUUAACUCAAUACAUUGCCAUCUACGACCUCAUUGAAGCGUAUCUCAGGCUAAACAAACAAUAA